AUGGCCGAUGAUGGGCUUCCCAGCGGCCCAUAUAGCGGCCCAUCCCGAACCACUUGGCGCCGCCAGCGUCUCCUCCGGAUUGGCAGCGAAACCUCCACUACGGACGGUGACAGGGCCCCACUGUGCUCCCCCACCGCAGCCACCGUCCGGCCCUCGUACGGCACAGCGCCCCCGCAGAGACGCAGCUCCGUCGACUCCGGCCGACCGCGCCGCACCCGGAGCGUCCUCUCCAUCCUCGGCCUUGUCAAGUCGUCCGUGCCCUCUUCCCCGGUAUCACACCCCCCAUCCAUCCGGGAGAGCUACCUCGCCUCGCAGCGGCCCAUCUCCGCCUACGACGCCCCCGUCGUCCAGAGCCCCGUGCUCGAGGAGCCAGAGCCCGACGUCACGAUCAACGGCGUCCGCGUCUGGUACGCGUCCUUCACCAGCAUCGACUGGCUCCACGACGCCAUCAAGGACUCCGCCCGCCGGGCCCGUCUUCGCCGCCCCCGCUCCCGCUCAGCCCGCCUGCGCCGCCAGCUCGACCGCACCGUCGGCUGGCUCAUCGUCACCAUCGUCGGCUUCUUCACCGCCGUCGCCGCCUUCCUCAUCAUCCGCACCGAGCAGUGGCUCUUUGACCUCAAGGACGGCUAUUGUCGCGACGCCUGGUGGAAGGCCAGGCGCUUCUGCUGUCCCGCCCCAGAGGAUGUCUUCGCCACCCGUCCCGCCUUUCUCACCCUCGCCGAGGACGAGUCCUGCCCUGCCUGGCGCACUUGGCCCCAGGUCUUUGAACCCAUGGCAGUAGAGAACGGCAGUUGGCUCCAAGUCGAGAUGAUGGAUUAUCUCGCCUAUACUGUCGUCGCGCUGUCCUUGGCCGUCAUCUCCUGCCUGUUGACCAUCCACCUCACAGCAUCCACAUCGUUUGUCACUCGCAAGGAUUCGGCCGUCGUUCCCCCAGAGUACGCACACGGAGAGGGCGACCAGAAGGUCCUCGACAAUCCAAACGGCGCCGAGCAGAAGCGCAAAGUCAUGUACUACGCCGCUGGAAGCGGUAUCCCGGAAAUCAAGACCAUCCUCUCAGGUUUCGUCAUCCACGGGUACCUCGGUGCACGCACAUUAUUCACCAAAUCUAUUGGUCUCGCCUUGUCCGUCGGGUCAGGUCUGACCCUAGGCAAGGAAGGUCCCUUUGUGCACAUCGCCUCGUGCGUGGGCAACAUCGUCAGCCGGUUCUUCAGCAAGUACGAGACGAACGAAGCGAAACGUCGCGAGAUCCUCAGCGCGGCCAGCGCCGCGGGCGUCGCAGUCGCGUUUGGCGCCCCGAUCGGCGGCGUGCUCUUCAGCCUCGAAGAGGUCUCGUACUUCUUUCCCCCCAAGGUCAUGUGGCGCAGUUUCUUCUGCGCGAUGGUCGCGGCGAUGACGCUCAGGUUCCUCGACCCCUUCGGGAGCGGCAAACUCGUGCUCCUUCAGGUGACAUACGACAAGGAUUGGCACGCGUACGAGCUGAUCUUCUUCCUCCUGCUGGGCGUCUUUGGCGGCGUGUGGGGCGCGUACUUCUCCAAGAUGAACUUCCUCUGGACGCGCCACGUCCGCAACGGGACGUGGCUCCGGCGGCACCCCGUGCUCGAGGUCGUCCUGGUGACGCUCGCGACGUCGGUGCUCUGCUUCGUGAACCCAUACACGCGCUGGGGGAACACGGAGCUCGUGUACAAGCUCUUCUGCGAGUGCGCGCCCGGCGCGGCGGACACGCACGGGCUGUGCGUGCUCGACCCGCCGCAGCACGCGCUCCCCGUCAUCCGCGCGAUCCUCGUCGCGAUGCUCAUCAAGGGCGCGCUCACGGUCGUCACGUUCGGAAUCAAGCUCCCCGCGGGGAUCUUCAUCCCGUCUCUUGCGGUGGGCGCGUGUGCAGGACGGAUAGUCGGGAUCCUGGUGCAGUGGCUGCAAUUCACGUAUCCAGACAGCCCGGUGUUCGCGGCCUGCAAGGGCGACCUGGACUGCGUCAUCCCGGGGCUGUACGCCAUGGUCGGCGCCGCGGCGUCCCUCUCUGGCGUCACGCGCACGACGGUGUCGCUCGCGGUGAUCAUGUUCGAGCUGACGGACACGCUGACGUAUGCGGUCCCGGUGAUGCUCGCGGUGCUCGUCGCGAAGACGGUCGCGGACGCGAUCGCGCCCAAGGGGAUCUACGACUUGUGCAUCGAACUGGCACAGCUCCCGUACCUCGACGCGAAGCACGACUAUGGCUGGGGGAGCGUGCAGAUCAUCGACGUGACCGACCGCGACGUGGACGUGAUCCGCGUCGACGUGCCGAACACGGUGAAGAGCCUGCGCGACCGCCUGCAGCGCCUGCUCACCGCGGGCAAGGCCGACGGCGGCUUUCCGAUCCUGCGCGCGCACGAGGACGGGCACCGCAUGGUCGGGUACAUCGGCGCGAGCGAGCUCGAGCACGGUCUUUGCAUCAUCGCGGACGAGCCGGAGAAGAGCGUGUCGUUCCACCCUGCGGCGCCGUAUGCGCAUGGCAGCGCGCUCGGCUCGUCGUACUCGUCCCUGGAGGCGGGCGCGCACGUCGUCGGCGCGGACCCGUUCGACUUUAGCUGCUACAUGGACCAGGCGCCGCUGACGGUGCAGUCCAACUCUCCGCUGGAGCUCGUGCAGCAGUUUUUCACGAAGCUCGGGGCGCGGUACGUCGUCGUGAUGGAUACGGACGGAUAUUACGAAGGCGUGAUCGACAAGAAGGCGUGGCUGGCGUUCCUCGGCGAGCUCGAAGAGAAGGCGGCGUCGAAGUGA